UGACUGUCUCCGUCAGCCACUCAGUCUUCCCGACAACACGCUGAUUCUCUGCCUCGUAUUCCCGAAGCGCUCUACGCCAGGACCGAGCCCGGCGCCACGGGCCCUCCGGCGGGCUACGCUAAGAGCGCAGCGCCCCCACCGACGGAGCGUCUGGAUCCGCUGCUAAACCACCACAGGAAGACAGAUGAUACGAGACUAAAACACUACUUUGUCCACCUUUCAACUACAAAAUACUCCCAAGAAAACACCGAUUGGGGACCAGUGAGCCAUGUGACCAGAGCCGUCUGAGACACCAGAACCUUCGCUCAACGUUCUCCUCCAAUGCAGUGAACAGGAAGCUGCUAACGUGUAGCCCUGCUGCAGCCACAGUGUUUAGCUAGUGGAAGGCUAGGCUGGAAUGGUGCAGCACUCAGCCUGAAGGUGAAGUCAGCUGUGCUUGCUAGCCACAUGUAGCAUGUUAGCAUGUAGUUAGCUACCGACCGUGGCAGAUCAAGUCAUUCUUUUCCUCUUCAUCCUGACCCCUGGCCCCUACCGGGGGGGCUGGCCCAUUGACCAAUCACUACCUUCAGCCAGCGACCUUCCAGUGGCCAUAUCUUCUGAAGCUAGCCUAGCUAACACACUAGCAUCCCAAUAUCCUCUUAUAGCUAACCACCCAGCAUCUCCUGUCUCCUCCUAUCCUAGAUAACCACUUAUAUCUCCCUAGGCUAGCUAACCACAUUUCAUCUGCUGAGCCUAGCCAUCCUAGCUGAGACCUAGCAUCUCCCUGAGCUUGCCCCUCCUCGCUAAGCGCUAUCCCGGCCAGGCCGCAGGCGGCUUCUCUGAGCAGUUGAGGGGUGCAUGGAACCAGCGUAACCGUGGAGAGACCAGGCUACCACAAGCUGAUGGACUUUGACAAGCGGGGGGCGGGCGGCGGCGGCGGCGGCGGGGGCGGGGCUAAGGGCGAGGCUGAGGAGGGCAAGAGGAUGUCGGCCAAAGCGAGCAACCGGUCGGGGCACGGCAGCCGCAGCGCCGGCUCCAACUCCGGGGUUCUGAUGGUCGGACCCAACUUCCGCGUCGGCAAGAAGAUCGGCUGUGGCAACUUUGGAGAGCUGCGGCUGGGCAAGAACCUGUACACCAACGAAUACGUGGCCAUCAAACUGGAGCCAAUCAAGUCGCGUGCUCCCCAGCUCCACCUGGAGUACCGGUUCUACAAGCAGCUGGGCAGCUCAGAGGGUGUACCCCAGGUGUUCUACUUCGGGCCGUGUGGGAAGUACAACGCCAUGGUUCUGGAGCUUCUGGGGCCCAGCCUGGAGGACCUGUUCGACCUCUGUGACCGCACCUUCUCCCUGAAGACCGUGCUCAUGGUGGCCAUCCAGCUGAUAACCCGUAUGGAGUUUGUCCACACACGGAGCCUGAUCUACCGGGACGUGAAGCCGGAGAACUUCCUGGUGGGCCGGCCGGGCUCCAAGCGGCAGCACACCAUCCACAUCAUCGACUUCGGCCUGGCCAAGGAGUACAUCGACCCAGAGACCAAGAAGCACAUCCCCUACCGCGAGCACAAGAGCCUGACGGGCACGGCGCGCUACAUGAGCAUCAACACGCACCUGGGCAAAGAGCAAAGCCGUAGAGACGACCUGGAGGCGCUGGGUCACAUGUUCAUGUACUUCCUGCGAGGCAGCCUCCCAUGGCAGGGGUUAAAGGCGGACACCCUGAAGGAGCGCUACCAGAAGAUAGGAGACACCAAGAGAGACACGCCCAUCGAGGUCCUCUGUGAAGGCUUCCCAGAAGAGAUGGCGACAUACCUGCGCUACGUGCGCCGGCUGGACUUCUUUGAGAAGCCGGAUUACGACUACCUGAGGAAGCUGUUCACCGACCUGUUCGACCGCAACGCCUUCACCUUCGACUACCAGUACGACUGGACCGGCAAGCCCCUACCCACUCCGAUUGGUCCGGUGGCCAGCGAGACGCCGCUACAGAACAGCAGCCGAGAGAAAGCCCCCGCCCACGCUAAACACCAGUCUCCAGAGGGGAAGGGCAGUGAGUCCCAGCCGACUCCUGUGACCAAUCGAGAGCUUCUGGGCUCCCAUCUCACUGCUGAUAGGCUGGGAGGUUCUGUCCAGGUGAUGAGCUCGACCAAUGGGGAGCUGAAUACGGACGACCCGACUGCAGGACACUCCAACGCACCAAUCACAGCCAACGCUGAGGUGGAGGUGGCCGACGAGACAAAGUGCUGCUGUUUCUUUAAGAGGAGGAAGAGGAAAGUCCUCCAGAGACACAAGUGAGAAGAUGAACCACAUCGCCCCCCGCCCCCUCCCCCUACACCCCCCCCUCCCCCCCCUAGACCAGUCCAGUCCGGACUAGUCUAGACUGGACUAGACUGGUCUGGACUAGUCCGUGCUGGACUGGACUAGUCUGAUCUGGACUAGACUUGCUUGGACUAGACCGGUCUUAACUAGACUGGUCUGGUCUGGACAAGUCUAAUUUGGUCUGGUCUAGACAGGACUGGUCUGGUCUUAUCUGGUCUAGACUGGUUUGGCUUAGACUGGUUUGGGCUAGACUGGUCUUGUCCAGACUGGUCUGUACUGGUCUUGAGCAGAGAGAGAGAGAGAGAGAGUGAGAGAGAGAGAGUGAGAGAGAGCCCCACCAAAGUGCAUGUGGAUGCGUUGGAUGUGGUCCCCGGAGGCAGAGCCACUAGGGAGGGUGGAGCCCUGUUGUUGGACUCAGUCGCCCCGCCCCUCCGCGCCCCUGCUGCCGUGUGAUUGGACGAGGGCGGGUCGGCGGAGGCGUGCCUGGGGAUGUACAGAGCCGAGCUACGGACUGUUGAGGACCCCCGGUCUACCCGGGACGGGGUCUGGGGCCCAGGACAGGACCCAGAACCCGGGUCCCAGCGGGCGGUCUACAGAGGACCCGGUCUACGGCGGACCCGGUCUACGGCGGACCCGGUCUACAGAGGACCCGGUCUACGGUGGACCCGGUCUACCGACGACCAGGUCCACAGAGCUCUUUUAAAGGCGGCCGUCUUUCUUUCCUGUCCGAAGCGUCAGAAGCAGUUUGUGUUUUUAGUAGAUUCUAGUGUGUUCAAUUUCUUUUUUUUAAACACAAUAACGUGUAUUUUUAAUUUCUUGUUUUUGUUCGUUCUCCUUUCUCUUGAGUGGAGGAUGUAAGACCAGUAAGAUAACUCUAUUAAAAAACAAAAGUUAAA